AUGAUACAUUCGACUAAUGUUUCAAAUUCUAAUGAUAGUACUGAUAAAUAUUCACGAAUAUCAAAAUCAUAUCAUAAAAGAAAAAAAUACCGAAAAUUUCAUCAUAAAUAUCGAUUAGGAAAUAAUUUGAAUACAUCAUCUAAAAGAAAUGAUUCUGAUCAAUCAUCAUUAGAUACAAAUCAAAUUGAUAAUAAGAUACCGUUUGAUACAAGUUCUAUGAUACGAGAUCAUUUAUAUAUUUCUAUUAUUGGUCUUCUUUGUUUUUUUCCAACCGGUAUUUUUGGUUUAAUACGUGCUAUGCAAGCUUAUGAAAUGAAAAGACCAUCAUCUCUUGUCUACUGGCCAAAAUUAGCUGCUAUUUAUGGACGACAUGCUCUUCGUUGGGCUAUUCUUUCAAUUCUGAUUGGAACUAUCCUAUGGAUUAUUUUUAUUAUUUAUCGUCUUUUACGAGAACAACAUCCUCUUUGGAAUGCAUACUAUCAAGAAUGA